AUGGAUGUCCAAGGAUUAAGGAAGGAGAGAGAGGCCUGCAUCAAAGAAAGGGGCUUGCUUGCGGAUGAGAUGGAUUCCUUCAUUGUCGACCACUUAGAAGAGAUAAGAGAGGCGCUAACAAUGGAAGAUGUUACGGCUAACAAGAUAUCUUCGGAAGAGCUUCUAAUGUUUAUCUCCUGGAGAGUCUCUAGGCUGGUGAGGUCAAUAAGAGACAAAAAGAUAGAGAUUCUCAGCGGUCUAAUUGGGAAGGGGAUGGACUGCGAGUGUCUUGAAGACAUUCUGGCUGCAGAAUACUGCUGCAAAAGGAUUCUGGCAAAUGAUCCUGCUGAGUGCCCUGUGCUAGAUGCAGAUGUAUACAUAGAUACAAGAAAUGGGGUUGUUGAUAUAAAGAGCGACAGGUUCCAAAGGGUCGUAGUUGGUGCAGAUAAAGUCAUUUAUAGAUCGCUGGAAAAUCUGUUUUCCGAGGCAUUUCACAUGAAGGUUUCUAAGGAGCUGAUGCUGUCGUAUACACUCAAUGUGAAGCUAGAGAUGGGGCUGGAAAUGUUCAGGGGCCUCUAUGAAAAGCCUUUGGAUACUUUGAAAGCAUUGUCUUCCUAUAAGCACUACAAAGAAAAGGGAAUUCCCAUACUUGCUAAGAAAGAUGGAGCGUCGCAUGACCUCCUAGAAAAAGUAAGAGCCAAGAUCGAGAAGGAAAUGGCUGGCAUAAUUGAAAAAGAGUUUUCUGACGAAAAGAAAGCACUUCUUAUCAAUUAUCUGCUUGUGAUGUUUGGAGGGAUUGGGUCCGACCUCGACCUAAGCUACUUCGAUGGUAAAAAGGAAGCAUACAUGCUGGAGUGGAGAAAGUUCGAAACCAAUACCUUUACUCAAAAUAUAAAUACAAGCUAG